CGGAGGGGGAGGAUGGCGGCGUGACGUAGCGUUCCCGGAAGCAGGCCGGAGCGGAGGCGGGGGCUUGAAGCCAGGCGGAGCCAUGUCGCUUCUCCAGUCCGCCCUGGACUUUCUGGCGGGCCCCGGCACCCUGGGGGCCGCCAGCCGCGAUCAGAACGACUUCGUGGGGCAGACGGUGGAGAUGGGAGAGAUGAAGCUGCGCAUCAAGCGGGUCAUCGCGGAGGGUGGUUUUGCAUUUGUCUAUGAAGCUCAGGAUCUUGGAAGUGGCAAAGAUUAUGCCUUAAAGCGUUUGUUGUCCAACGAGGAAGAAAAGAACAAAGCUAUCAUUCAGGAAGUUUGUUUUAUGAAAAAGCUUUCAGGUCACCCCAACAUUGUCCAGUUCUGCUCUGCUGCAUCUAUAGGGAAAGAAGAAUCAGACACAGGACAAGGAGAGUUCCUUCUGCUUACAGAACUGUGUAAAGGACAACUGGUGGAAUACUUAAAGAAAGUGGAACCCAAAGGGCCGAUCUCCUGUGACACAGUUCUGAAGAUCUUUUACCAGACCUGUCGAGCUGUGCAGCAUAUGCAUAAACAGAAGCCACCUAUUAUACAUAGAGAUUUGAAGGUGGAGAACUUGCUUAUUAGUAACCAAGGGACAAUAAAACUUUGUGACUUUGGUAGUGCUACAACAGUAUCUUACUAUCCUGACUACAGCUGGUCUGCACAAAAGAGAGCACUGGUUGAAGAAGAGAUCACCAGGAAUACAACGCCAAUGUACAGGACACCAGAGAUGAUAGAUUUAUAUUCAAAUUUUCCAAUCAGUGAAAAGCAGGACAUUUGGGCUUUGGGCUGUAUCCUGUAUCUGCUGUGCUUUAGGCAACAUCCCUUUGAGGAUGGAGCUAAACUUCGCAUAGUCAAUGGAAAAUAUGCCAUUCCACAGAACGACACUCGCUACUCUGUGUUUCAUGAUCUCAUCCGCUCCACUUUGAAGGUGAACCCAGAGGAGAGGCUGUCAAUCACAGAACUUGUGAAUCAACUGCAGGAGAUUGCAGCAGCUAGGAAUGUGAAUCCUAAAUCCCCCAUCACAGAGCUUUUGGAACAAAAUGGAGGCUAUGGAAACAAUGCUCAGCCUCGAAUAUCCGUGACCUCUGUUUCACAGAGCCCCAAGCCUGCAGGACAGCUCAAUAAUAUUUACAAUGCAGGCCUGACCGUUGCAGAAUGUGACCAGACUUAUGGAGGGUUCUUUGAUAUUCUGAGAGGUGGAACGGAGCGAUUUUUCACUAAUAUUAAGGAUACAUCCUCUAAAGUUAUCCAGUCCGUGGCCAAUUAUGCGAAAGGAGACUUGGAUAUAUCAUACAUCACUUCAAGAAUUGCAGUGAUGUCCUUUCCAGCUGAAGGUGUAGAAUCUGCCAUCAAAAAUAACAUAGAAGAUGUACGAUUAUGUCUGGACUCCAAACAUCCUGGGCACUAUGCUGUGUAUAAUAUUUCUACAAGGACAUACAGACCUUCACGGUUCCAUAAUAGGGUUUCUGAAUGUGGCUGGCCAGCAAGACGAGCACCAAAUCUUCAGAAUCUUUAUAGUAUAUGCAAGAACAUGCAUUUAUGGCUGAAACAGGACCAGAAAAAUGUUUGCAUUGUGCACUGCCUAGAUGGAAGAGCAGCAUCUGCUGUUGUAGUUUGUUCUUUUCUGUGUUUCUGUCGUCUCUUCACUACUGCUGAGGCUGCAGUUUAUAUGUUCAGUAUGAAACGCUGUCCUCCUGGCAUAUGGCCUUCUCAUAAAAGAUACAUUGAAUACAUGUGCGACAUGAUGGCUGAAGAGCCCAUUAUUCCUCACAGCAAGCCAAUCCUGAUCAGAUCCAUCAUCAUGACACCAGUUCCUCUUUUCAGCAAGCAGCGUAAUGGCUGCAGGCCUUUUUGUGAAGUUUAUAUAGGGGAUGAGAGAGUAACCACUACCUCCCAAGAAUAUGACAAAAUGAAGGAGUUUAAAAUUGAAGAUGGGAAAGCAGUAAUUCCAUUGGGUAUAACAGUUCAAGGAGAUGUUCUCAUUGCCAUCUAUCAUGCCAGGUCAACACUAGGAGGCCGACUACAAGCCAAGAUGGCUUCUAUGAAGAUGUUUCAGAUUCAGUUCCACACAGGUUUUGUACCUCGAAAUGCCACCACAGUGAAAUUUGCAAAAUAUGAUCUGGAUGCCUGCGACAUUCAAGAAAAAUAUCCUGAUUUAUUUCAAGUCAAUCUGGAGGUGGAGGUGGGGCCCAGAGAUAGGCCUAGCUCUGUGCAGCUGCCAUGGGAUAACAUGAAUAUAAAGGGACUGAAUCCCAAGAUCCUUUUCUCCACUCGUGAGGAACAGCAGGAAGUUUUAUCAAAGUUUGGGAAACCGGAGCUACCAAGGCAGCCAGGUUCAACUGCACAGUAUGAAGCAGAAGCAUCCCAACUGGAUCUGUCCUCAGAAAGUGCCCUGACUGAGACAGAAUCCCCUCACAGCAGUGGUACAGAUGGAAAUAACUUCUUUCAUUCUCUGGAUUGGAAAGACGGAAAAAGUCCAGAAAGUGGAGUAGAUGAUAACUCAUCUAAAAAUGAUCAUGUUCAACUGUCUGAUGAGAGAGAAGAGAGUGAUCCUUCAGAUGAGGAGUUCCCUGCGUUUCCAGGUGAAGAAAGGGCAGUAACUCUUGAUGAGAGAGACUCUGUUACCCCAGAAGGAGAGAUGCUUCUUGAAGCUGGUUUUGAAGCUCCACCUACAGUAUUACAAAAAUCUCUCACCGAAGAGAAUGUAGAUUUACUGGGACUGAAUUCUGAUACUUCACCAGAACAGAAACAACCUAUCUCAGAAAUAAACUCAUCAAGUAAUGCAGCCUUGUUGAACAAUCUUUUUGUGAGUGGUGCAUCACAGGUUUCAGAAGAGCCCACUGGAGAUCUCCUUGGACAAGGAACAGAUUUCUUUUUCAGCGGUCAGUCUCAACAUCCAGCUGCUACGCAGAAGACUUCGGCAGCAGCUGUGUCUUCAGCUGAUCCUUUUGACCCAUUUACAAUGUCAUCCAGUUCUGAGAAUUCAGCGCUGUCAGGCCCAGACCUUUUUGGGGACUUCCUUAAUCCAAGCACAACAUCUACAACUAAUACGUUUCCUUCUACACAUAGUUCACUUCCACCUUCUUCCAGCUCAGAUUUCCUAAAUUUAGGCAAUUUGACACCAGAGCCACCUAAAAUAUCGUCCUCUACGAGCCAUCCGGAUCUCUUAGGUGGAUGGGAUUCUUGGGCAGAUUCUUCAACAGCCAGCAAUGUAGCAUCACCGCAAGUGAAGUCUCUUUUUGAAGGUCAAGUUUUUACCACAGGGAGCCAGUCCAGUGUGUCUUCAGGUUCGUCUUUCAGCCAGGCUAAAUCUCAGAACUUUGAUCCUUUUGCUGAUCUGGGCAAUCUUGGAUCUAGUCUUCCAGGUUCCUCUGCAGGUGGAUUCUCCACUAGUGGGUUUGCUCAGAAAACUGCUCCAUCGCAGAAGUCAGGAGGUCAAUGGCAGAAACCCACAAAACCACAAACUACUUCAUGGCAGUCCCAGACUAAACCUAGUACGCAAGCUAAACCUAACUACACAGUCAACUUUAGUGUUAUUGGAGGACGAGAAGAAAGAGGAGUCAGAACCCCAGGCUUUGGUCAAAAGCCAAAAGUUUCAGCCAAUGACUUUGAGGAUCUCUUAUCUAAUCAAGGCUUUUCAGCAAAAUCUGAUAAAAAGGGGCCAAAAACUAUUGCUGAGAUGAGGAAACAAGAAAUGUCUAAAGAUAUGGACCCCUUAAAACUGAAGAUCCUGGAAUGGAUUGAAGGAAAGGAGAGGAAUAUCAGAGCAUUAAUAUCUACUCUUCAUACAGUCCUUUGGGAAGGGGAAAAUAAAUGGAAACCAGUUAGCAUGGCAGAUCUAGUAACUCCCGAACAAGUGAAGAAGUACUACAGGAAAGCAGUGCUUGUAGUUCAUCCAGAUAAGGCAACAGGACAACCUUAUGAGCAGUAUGCCAAAAUGAUCUUCAUGGAACUGAGUGAUGCGUGGUCGGAAUUUGAAAACCAGGGGUCUAAGUCCCUCUUCUAAAGUUCAUCGCUUUUUGAACUACUUCCAAAAACUGGAGCUGAGCAUUGCUGCGAUCUGUUCGCCUAUGAUUUAUGAAGUGCUUUUCCAUGAUUUCAGCACGGUUUGCAGUACGCACUUAAAUGUGGUGACUUAUUUUGUAAGACGUAAAGUACAAAGCAUUACGUAGAUGCAUUAAGAAAACAGCUGCUCAGUACUUGAAGAAAUCAUGGUCUGGGGAUAAACGUUUUCUUUCAGAUUUUAUAUAUAGCAAAACAGAAUUUUUUCCGUGGUCUCUGGCACACUUGGAUCAAUUCUAAAUCAUUCCAAUUCUAUUGAUCUUUGCUUUACCUUUCCCUUUACACUUCCUUUUUUUUUUUUUUUUCAGUAGUUUUUGAGAUUCAGUUUUGUUUUGUGCCUGUCGCCUUAUUUGAAGUGCUUUAGUUAUCAACAGUGAAUUUCUUUGGCUUGUUUCAAACCUGAAGAUGUAUAUUUUCAUCUGUGUUUUAUGUAAUCAAUCUGAUAAUCAUUCUGUAAAUAUUUUCUGACAAUACCUGUGUUCUUUACAAUAAAUUAAUAGGUUAGCCAAAAAGAACUCAAUUGUGGGGAAAGUCAACCAGGGUUGUUCUUGUUGGUUUUUUUUUGUUUGUUUGUUUUUUUAGUUUUUUUAAUUAUUCUUUACAUUAUGAAGCUAGAAACAAAUCUUGGCUUUAACGUCUGCAUGCUCUUGCUGUUUUGUUAUUUAUUGUGAACCUUUGGGAGGCAUUACUCUUACCAGUGCUUUUGUUACUAGUUCUUUAAGUAUCAUUUUCUUCUGAUUUCAGUGGCACGUGGCUUCCAUUGGGCUUAAGAUACUCUGAUAGAAAUGUUUUUUUGAGACUUGAUGUGGAAGCACAGAACAUUUUGCUCUGCUUUGAUUUCUUACGAGAAAGCUACAUUACUUGUUGUCAUGUAGAAAGUAUUUUGUAUUUUGCUGCAUGUCUGGAUUUCUGUGUUUGGAGAUAUGCAUGACAUCAGUGUAUGUGCAAACAGGGAUGUAUUGGUAGUGUUGUAUUUCUGCUCAUCCCCUUCCAUGCACCAGCUAAUACAAGAUGAUCUAGUUCAGCUUGACAACAGAACUUGCCAUGGUUUUCUUCAUCUGCAUUUGGAUAGCAGCUGCUCACUUGGUUUGGGGUAGGUGAAUACAGUUGACCAGUGACUGUUAUGCUCUGUACCAUAACAGAAUGCAAUCCUCAAAUCAACUUUGAAAAUGUCAGUACUGAAAAGAUCAGUACUGUUGUAUUAAGGCUUGGUAGCAGUCUCUCAAAACAGUGAAGCUUGGCAUUCAGAUGGUAAAAGUCAUUUAAUCUUGACAUUUUAGCUGUUCUUCAUGCUUAACUGAGAGGGAAGCUGUAACAACCUAUGGUAAAAUCAGCUGAGCAGCAUCUGAACAGGAGAAAAGAAUAUUCUAAUGCCACCUGGAUAGUGUGUUGGAUGCAGUUUUCUACUGCCAAGCCAGUGACUUAGACUGUGAAUGCAGGGUACAAUUCAGUCUCUAAGCUCUGACACAUUUAACUACUUGCACAGUCUUUUGUCAACAGAGUUAUGUAUAUUUGCAUAUAUAUGUUCCACUACUGUAAUUUUUUUGGAGUUGGAAACCUGGAACCACAAUGGAUCAGGAAGGUUGUAUGUUAUUCACAGUAUCAGCUGUAGUUCAGUUGUGGCUUUGACACAGCCAAAAAGCAAGAAAUCUGAUGAGAAUUAGGAUUUUUUUUUUUCUCCCUGGUUGUCUGCGUCAUUAGAAAUCAAAGGCUUGUGGCAAGAUGAAUGUCAGAGACCUGCGUGGGUUUUUUUUUUUUACAGUUCUAAGGUAAACCAUAUAUAGUAAUAAGUUACAAAACAGGCAUGUAAUGUCUGCACUGCUGUGCUCAUCUGAGAGAAAAUCUUUCUAAAGAGCUGCUUCAUUGUAAAGGAAAAGAUGUGAAGUGUACUUUAAAAGUCCAGAUCACUUUCAACACAUACGAGAAUCUAAACUGAGGCAUUUUUGUGCUCUUCUUGAACUGUGCACAAUUAAAAACAACUAAAGUUUUGGAGGAAAGUAUCUUCCUCUGCUUUGUUUGCUUGGCAGUGUUUUUUUUUUGUAUGGUGACUACAUUUCUCUGUUUUUUUUUGUCAACUCCUGUUUGCAAAAGCUUUCUUGAACAUCAAGGAAGAACUUUAGGCUUUCAAUUGAGCAGGGAAAAAAGAGUGUGAGUGUUUUUAUAUGGAACUGAGGGUUUCUGCAAAUUGGUUUCCCCCUUUUAAAUAUUAUGGAAACUCAUGAGAUUUGGCUCUUGGAAUGAUCCACAGCCAUUUGUACAGAAACCCUUAAAUUACCACUUACUCAGCUCCCAUCUUCAGUGAAGGAGCUGUCUGGUUCUUCUGCCCUGUUCCUUUCUGCUGAAGUUCUGGUGUGAGGGAUCUGGGAGAGGCUCAGAGUUCAGUAAACUUUUGAAGUUUGGGUUUUACUGAAAUAUGGUUCUUUUGCGUCCUUGUAUUCAAUUCAGUUAAAUGGCACAGUUAAAAAGUAAAUAAAAAUGUUUAAAUUGCCAAGAUUUAAGUGAUGAAUGCAGUAAAGUGAAAUUGUGUUUUCAGUGUAAGAUAAAGGAGAAGGAAGACCAGAAAAGGAGCCUCAUAGUUAGAGCCUAAACUAAGUGUUCUGAGUUAAGUGAAUGUGGGAAGAAGGAACUUCAAAAUUGUAUGUAGGCUUACCUUGCUUCUGAUACUAGUUUUAAAUGAGAAGGUAAUUUGGAAGAAGGAUGUCUAAGAAUUCUUUUUUAAAAUUAUCUUGAAACAGUAAUUAAAAAUGGUUAAAGACAAAACAAAAUAAAAAAAGCCAAAAAAAAAACAACAAAACCCACAACUCAGACAGGCAGUGAGGGCUUUUCCCUUCCUCAAGCUCGUUAUUAGUUGAGAGCUGCGUGGUGUGAGUCUCAAAAGCGAGGCCUUUUGCCUGCUGCUGCUGAUUGCAAGGUUUGAGGUAAAUCCUGGUAUUGUGGGAAUGCUGAAUGGUAUUGUGAAGCAUCUCCUGAAUUCUUCCAGCAGGUCCUGAUGCCUCUGGCCCACGUUUGUUGUUACUUCGUAAUGACAGACUGUUGCUACAGUUCAUUCUUUGCAGUCUUCCCAGAUCCAGUUCCUAAAAUUGAGUAGCUUCACGUGGUAGUAUUGAGAGCAAAGGAAAAGCGUGCCGCAGAAAUUAAGGGAGGAGUAGAGAAAGACACCUGGACUAUAACUGUACUGUGUCACAAAUGUGUUCUAGUUCUCCCUUUACUGACCUGUCCCUGUGUUUUUAGGGUAGUAGGUCUGUUGCCUGCAAUUCCAGCUCUUUCAGAAGUGUUCCUGACUGGUUAUGGAUAGGUGGCAUUAACCAGGUGCUUGGGGUUUUUGCAGAAGGUUCUAUGAAGUAGGGCCUAUGAAAUGGCAGGGUAGUUUUCCACUAGUUAUUUCUGAAUUAGGGUAGUUUUCCACUAGUUAUUUCUGAAUUAAGUUGCUUGUGUUAUAUUGUUGUUAGGUCUGGAGAAUCUGGCAACUUCUCUUUUAGAAUAGAAAUCUGCAAAGAAGGGAGUUGGAGUGGAGAGUGCAUGUGGCAGGGACCUGCCAAAUGGGGAAGGGUAAUGUUUUGUGCGUGUUGGGGAAAUCACUUGGUGUCUUUAACAUUGUGCAUGCCUGUCUUGUGCUUCCUAGUGCUGUCAGAUUUCUCUGAACUUAACAGCAGGGAAGGGAAAAGAAAGCAAGAGGUUAAGCAUUAACAUUGCUAUUAAAAUCACAGAGUUGAGCUCAGUGUUGAGUGCGGAUAUGGAUUUCCAGGCAUCAAGGUUGGGAGGAGAAGUUCCUCUUCAUUGUUAUCACUUAAAGCCCAGUUUGCUCAUUAGUCAUAGCACUGUUGUAGCCUCUCCAUUCCGUAUGUGUUAACAUUUCCUUGGAGCAGUGGCAAGGUCUUUGGCGCUACACCUGUGAAGGUAAUUAAGUGUGCAUGGAAAAAUGCCUUGUUUUACCUCCAUUUUCAUGCUGAUUGUAGAAAGUCCUUCUAAAGUUGUUUGCCAAGCACAAAGUAGCAGCUCCUUCCUGAAUGCACACCAUCUCUAAGCUGUAUGCAAGGGGUUAAUGUUUUGCAUGAACCAAAGCAGAGGUUGAGCGUAACUGCAAUCUCAGCUGCCCUUUGGGAUCACUGGGCUGCUCAGAGCACGCAGCUCCCACAGCCAGGCUGCAGUUUCUCAGCAGUGUCAAUACACCUUGGUGGUUAUUGGCCAUCAUUUUCUUUGCUGCUCACAAGAAAAUUUCAGGGGAUACAUAACUGUGGAACUUUGUUGCUCCUUAGCUCUUUGUCUUAACAGUUGC